AUGAGUGCCACUUUGUUUGAGGACCAGGGAUUCAAAGCUUCAAACGGGGGCUUCCAAGAAGACACUUUAUUAAAAAAUGAUGACUACACUGAAAAGUCUAUGGAGGAGUCUAUCAAUAUUCCAAGGUCUACACAAGAGUUGAAUGAUUUGCUUUCCCGCUAUCAACAGCUUCUCCAGUUCUCGCAUGACGCUAGGGAGAAACACCAGGCGUAUGCAAAACUAGCAGAACUGCUGCAGCAGCAUGAUAUUGAUGAUUUCGAUGCCGCUAACUUUGCAGAUCCUUACGAGAAGGACAUCCUUGCAAUUGAGAAAUGCCUACAGCAAAUAAGUGCCGAAUGUGAAAGGAUCUCCGACGAAGAAGAUAAGCUUCAUAAAGAACUUAUGCUGUCACUUAAAGGAGUUUCAAAUGAUGACCAAAUAGAUUUUGACUUGUUAUCAAAGCAACUUGCAAGUCUUCACGUGCUUCUGAAGAAUCUCGAUUUACCUCAAGCACUUCAAACCGUUCUCGAUGUGCAAGACGUUGAAUCAGAAAACCGCGCUUUCGAUACAGAAAUGCUAGCUCAGGAAAUCAUUGAGCACUUUUUUAAAGUGUCACUGCUGGACGAACUUGAAACAUUUCCUGAUCGCAUGAAAUCUCUUGGUCUUAUUCCAACACCAUCUGAUUCUCUGUCAGCUUCCAUUGGUGCUUUCUCCCAAGAGAAUUCUAUUGGACACAAAGUGGCCUGCAGAAUUCACGAUUUAGAGAAUCUACCAGUCAAUUUAGGUACACUAGAAGCUCAUACUUGCCAAAGCACCGAAGAAAUCCAUGAUGACUUGAAGAUUCGCGCCUUGAUUGAAUUAAAGGCUCUUCUGUUGAUGGCUAUCCAGAAAAAAUUUAAGAAUGCCAUUUUUAGGAAGAUGUCAUUAACUGCUCACUAUGACUCUCCUGUUUUAAAAAAUAAUACACUUGUUUUGCAAGGAAGACGCGGAUUCUAUAUCAGAGAAAAAAUCGAACAACCGAAUCCAGAACUAUUGGCUCUGCAGCUAGAAACCACGUUCAAGUUGGAGGCCGAUGCGAAGAGGCAUAAACUUCAAGUCGACAAGAUCAACCGAAUUUUAGACAAUACGAAGGUUGCUAAUGAACUUAAGAUAAACCGAAUCAACAAGAAGUUGGUUUUGGCAAGGUUCAUCAACAACUUGCACAACACUACUGAAAAAGAAGAAUCAAAAAAAAUGGAAAAAACAGCAAAGCAACGUUUGCAAGCGUUGAAGGCAAACGAUGAGGAGGCAUACAUCAAGCUAUUAGACCAAACUAAGGACCAUAGAAUUACCCACUUAUUGAAACAGACCAACAGCUUUUUGGACUCCCUCGCCAAGGCUGUCAAGGUUCAGCAGGCGGAACAGGAUGAAGCAGAUGUAGUUGCUGAAGAUACUGUUGAUGAGUUGCGUGAGAAAAUUGAUUACUAUCAAGUUGCUCAUCGCAUAAAGGAGGAUGUCAGGGUUCAACCUUCGAUUUUAGUCGGCGGAACAUUAAAGGAAUAUCAGAUCAAGGGCUUGCAAUGGAUGGUUUCGUUGUACAACAACAAAUUAAAUGGCAUUCUUGCUGACGAAAUGGGUUUAGGUAAAACCAUUCAGUCUAUCUCGCUUAUUACGUAUCUCAUAGAAAAGAAGGGCGAAGAUAAGUUUUUGGUCAUCGUGCCAUUAUCUACAAUAACCAACUGGGCACUAGAGUUUGAAAAGUGGGCACCUUCGGUCAAGGUUAUCGUUUUUAAAGGAUCUCCGCAGCAAAGAAAAGAGUUGCUGUUUGACAUCAGAAUGGGUAACUUUCAGGUCAUCUUAACAACCUAUGAAUAUAUCAUAAAAGAGAGGCCAAUGUUAUCACGAUUCCACUAUUCGCACAUGAUCAUUGAUGAGGGCCACAGAAUGAAAAAUGCUCAGUCAAAAUUAUCGCUCACUUUGAAACAGUACUACAGGACAAAAAAUCGACUCAUUCUUACAGGUACUCCAUUGCAGAAUAAUCUUCCUGAGUUAUGGGCAUUGCUCAAUUUCGUUCUACCCAAAAUUUUCAACUCGGUCAAAUCUUUUGACGAAUGGUUUAACACCCCCUUUGCUAAUACUGGGUCUCAGGAGAAGAUCGAGCUCACCGAAGAAGAGAGUUUAUUGGUCAUUCGCAGGUUGCACAAAGUAUUAAGACCAUUUUUAUUGAGAAGAUUGAAAAAAGAUGUUGAAAAAGAUUUACCUGACAAAGUGGAAAAGGUAUUGAAAUGUAACUUGUCUGGCUUGCAACAUAUACUUUACCAACAGAUGGUCAAGCAUAACGCUCUAUUCGUGGGAUCCCAAACCACUGGAACCAACAAUAAGUCUGGUAUCAAAGGUUUGAAUAAUCAGGUCAUGCAGUUGAGAAAAAUUUGUAACCAUCCCUUCGUAUUCGAGGAGGUAGAAGAUGUUUUGAACUCGUCUCGUCUUACAAAUGAUUUAUUAUGGAGAACGUCUGGUAAGUUCGAAUUAUUGGACAGAGUUUUACCAAAAUUCAAAGCCAGUGGCCAUAAGGUCUUGAUUUUCUUCCAGAUGACUUCGGUGAUGAAUAUUUUUGAAGACUUCUUACGUCUCAAAGAUAUGCGUUACUUGAGAUUGGAUGGUGCCACCAAAGCGGAAGACAGACAGGAUAUGUUGAAAGCAUUCAAUAAGCCUGACUCGGACUAUUUCUGUUUUCUCUUGUCGACUAGGGCUGGUGGAUUAGGUUUGAAUUUGCAGAGUGCUGAUACAGUGAUUAUUUUCGACACUGAUUGGAACCCACACCAGGAUUUGCAAGCCCAAGACCGAGCUCACAGAAUUGGGCAGAAAAAUGAAGUCCGUAUUCUUCGUUUGAUUUCAAAUGACUCGAUUGAGGAAUUCAUUCUUGAAAGAGCCCAUCAAAAAUUGGAUAUUGACGGUAAGGUUAUUCAAGCAGGUAAGUUCGAUAACAAGUCGACAGCUGAGGAGCAGGAAGAAUUUUUGAGGCGUUUGCUCGAUGCUGAGCAAGGUGACAAGGAGAAUGAAGAGAAUGAUUCCUUAAAUGACGACGAAUUGAAUGAUGUUUUGGCCCGAAGUGAAGAUGAAAAAAUCUUGUUCACAAAGAUGGACGCCGAAAGGAUUGCCAGAGAGAAAAUGGAGGCACGACUGGGUGGUUUUACCAAUCGAUUGAUUACAAAGGAGGAGCUUCCUGAAGUGUUCAAAGAGGACAUUUCACAUCACUUCGAUAAGGAUACUAAGGAGUUAUCUCGAAUGCGUGAAAAGAAGAAGGUAAAGUACGAUGAUGGUUUGACUGAGGAACAAUGGCUCAUGGCAAUGGAUGAUGACAAUGACACCGUUGAAGAUGCCAUACGUCGAAAGGAGGAGAAGCGAGCCCGCAGAAAGAGGAAAGCUUCUCGUGUGGGGCUGGAAGAUGCCGAGGACAUCAACGACUUUGAGGACGAGUCAGAGGGUGAAAGGAAGCGCCUGCGUCAGGAUGGGUUGCCAAGCGAAGCACAGAAUGGCGAUGAUGGGCUUUCUUCAAAAUGUUUAUCUGUUCUUGACCACAUUCAAAAUAUGGAAUCUGAACGUGACGGACACGCAGUGGCAGAAAUUUUCAUGAAGCUACCUUCCAAAAAACUCUACGCUGAUUAUUACAAGGUGAUAAAGAAACCAACUGCAAUAAGCCAAAUUCGAAAGCGUGUUUCGCAGGAUAGAUAUGAUACAUUCGAGGCGUUUUUGGAUGAACUCAAACUCAUGUGUUCCAACGCAAAAGUUUAUAAUGAAGAAGGCUCUUGGGUGUACCAGGACGCGGAAGAGAUAGAGUCUUUCAUAGAAGGGCUCUAA